CAUUUCCCACAAACCCCCCGCCCCCUCGCUGCGCAGCCCAACCACUCCGCCCCCAUCGAGCCCAGGGCGAGGAGCUUCCAGGAGCUAGCGUUUCCCAUACCGAUCGAUGGCCGUCGCCGAAAAUGUGCCGCCCUCGCCGCCGCCGCCGCCGCCGCCGCCGCGGAUCGUCGUCGCGGCGCUGGCGCUCACGCGCUCCGCCCUCGUGCCGAUGCUGGCGGUCCGGCGCGCCCUCCGCGUCGCCGCCAGGGUCUUCCCCUACGUGGCAUUCGCGCUCGCGUGGGCCAUCUCCGCGGCCUCGGCUGCCAAGAUCGUGGCGCGCCGCGCCUGGGGCGAGGGCUCCGCCCCCUUCCUCUUCCUCCGGGCGCUCACGUCCGCUGCCUGCAAGGUCUGCACCUACGGCUUCCUCGUCCUGCUCGUGCUCGCCGUCCUGCUGCUGUGCGGCCUGUGCGUGGCGUACGUGAUCGCACUUCUAUCCGGACGCGGUACAGAAUUCAAGAAGCGUGCCCUGGGAGCGAUCACGUGGGACUCGGUUGCGAACUCGUUUAGGCUUCCCCGCAUGGCGGUGCUCGGAUUCAUCACAGUCGUGCCCUUCUUCGUGCUAGUUGUCGCCGGCCUUCUGUUGGCGAUGAUGUCGCAUGUGGAGGGAUCGGUGUCUCGGGGAGAAAUGGUCGGCUUUGUAAUCGUGGAUGUGGGGUUUUUUGGAAUGCACGCGACGUCUUGCAUUCUUAUCAUCCCAGCUCUAGCACUUGGCGCCUGGAGGUUCGACCAGGCUGACAGGAAAGCACAGUCGCAGUCUUGCUGAGACGAAGCUAAGAAGAGAGUAUGCCCGGAGAAUGUGCCAAGGAGCUACAGUGCCCAUUCCGCUGAUGGUUGUGAGUGGUCCCAACAGACACAAGUUUUGAAAGGAAAAAGAGUCUUUGCAAACCUACUUCUUUCUACUAUUAGUAGAUCCUAAUCGUCAUUAGCCAUGAAACUUCUGUUGACUUGCUUAUUUCUGCUAUUACUACUCCCUCCGUUCCAAAUUACUCGUCGUGGUUUUAGACGAGUAAUUUGGAACGGAGGGAGUAGAUCGUAACCGUCAAUAGUCAUGAAGUUUGUUGGGUCAUUAUGGGUCUGGUGAUGAUGGUUGAUGCUACCCCGUGAAGUAUUGGUGUAAUGAUUAGCUUUCAGUUUAAAUAAAAAGAAAGAAGAUAUGAUUA